AGGCGGGCCAAGGUAGGCGGUGUCUUCCGGUGUCAUGGCGUCAAUUGCAAGGCCAGGGCACAAAAGGGAGCACUAAAUGUUUGCUAGACCACUGUUUUUUGCUUCUAUUCGCUGUGGACUGCUUAGAAAGAACCUGGGAGACCUCCAAUCUACGCAAUGGAGGCGGUGACCUUUGAGGAUGUGGUCGUAGACCUCAGCAAUGAGGAGUGGAGUUUGCUGAGUCCAUCCCAAAAGAACCUCUAUAGAGAUGUGAUGGGUGAAACUUUUAGCAACAUGAUUGCAAUUGGAGGACUUGAGGAUAUCCAGGAAGCUGAAAAAGAAGGCAAAAUUUACUGGAGAUACUUAAGAAAUGACAAGUUAGGGAAAUCCUAUGGACAUACAUCUUGGAAUCAGUGUAAAGAAGUAUUCCUUGGUACUGCAGAAGGUAAUGUGAAUGUGAAAAAAACAGAAACACACCACAAUGUUCAGAUCCAUGGAAAAUAUUGCAGUGGAGGGAAACCCUAUGUAUCCAAGCAAAGCGGGAAAGGUUUUACCAAACAUGGAAUUUGUAAGAACCAUGGAAAAAUUCACAGAGGAGAGAGACCCUACAUAUGUAAGCAAUGUGGGAAAGCUUUUACAACACGUACAUAUUGUCAAGUACAUGAAACACUUCACUCCGGAGAAAAACGUUAUAAAUGUAAGCACUGUGAGAAAGCUUUCAGCACACGUAGUUAUUGUGUAAUCCAUGAAAAAGUUCACACUGGGCAGAAAUCACAUAUAUGUAAGAAAUGUGGGAAAGCUUUUAGCAGGAAAAUUCAUUUUCAAAUGCAUGAAAAUGUUCACACUGGAGAGAAACCCUAUGUGUGUAAGCAAUGUGGAAAAGGUUUCAUCCAACCUGGAAAUUGUAAACAACAUGAAAGAAUUCACACUGGAGAGAAACCAUAUGUAUGUAAGCAAUGUGGGAAAGCUUUUAACAGACGUGCAAAUUGUAAGCUUCAUGAAAGAAUUCACACUGGAGAGAAACCAUAUGUAUGUAAGCAAUGUGGGAAAACUUUUACCACACAUACAAAAUGUAAGGAACAUGAAAGAAGUCACACUGGAGAGAAACCGUAUGUGUGUAAGCAAUGUGGGAAAGCUUUUAAAACACGUGCAUAUUUUAAGAUUCAUGAAAGAAUUCACACUGGAGAGAAACCAUAUGUAUGUAAGCAAUGUGGGAAAACUUUUACCACACAUGCAGAAUGUAAGGAACAUGAAAGAAGUCACACUGGAGAGAAACCCUAUGUAUGUAAGCAAUGUGGGAAAGCUUUCAACACACAUGGAGAUUAUAAGAAACAUGAAAGAAUUCACAGAGGAGAGAGACCCUACAGUUGUAAGCAGUGUGGGAAAGCUUUUACAACACGUAAUUAUUGUCAAGUACAUGAAACUCUUCACUCAGGAGAAAAAUGUUAUAAAUGUAAGCACUGUGAGAAAGCUUUCAGCACACGUACUUAUUGUGUAAUCCAUGAAAAACUUCACACUGGGCAGAAAUCACAUAUAUGUAAGAAAUGUGGGAAAGCUUUUAGCAGGAAAAUUCAUUUUCAAAUACAUGAAAAUGUUCACACUGGAGAGAAACCCUAUGUGUGUAAGCAAUGUGGAAAAGGCUUCAUCCAACUUGGAAAUUGUAAGCAACAUGAAAGAAUUCACACUGGAGAGAAACCAUAUGUAUGUAAGCAAUGUGGAAAAGCUUUUAACAGACGUGGAAAUUGUAAGGUUCAUGAAAGAAUUCACACUGGAGAGAAACCUUAUGUAUGUCAGCAAUGUGGAAAAGGAUUCACCAGAUCUGAACAUUGUAAGCAACAUGAAAGCAGUCACACUGGAGAGAAACCAUAUGUAUGUAAGCAAUGUGGGAAAGCUUUUAAAACACGUGCAUAUUUUAAUGCUCAUGAAAGAUUUCACACUGGAGGGAAACCAUAUGUAUGUAAGCAAUGUGGGAAAGCUUUUAAAACACAGGGAGAUUUUAAGAAACAUGAAAGAAUUCACACUGGAGAGAAACCAUAUGUAUGUAAGCAUUGUGGGAAAGCUUUUAACACAUGGGGAGAUUGUAAGAAACAUGAAAGAAUUCACACUGGAGAGAAACCCUAUGUAUGUCAGCAAUGUGGAAAAGGAUUCACUAGUUCUGGACAUUGUAAGCAACAUGAAUGCAUUCACACUGGAGAGAAUCCAUAAGUAUGUAAGCUAUAUGGGAAAGUUUUUACCCUACAUGGACAUUGUAAGCAACAUGAAAGUUCACACUCAAGGUAAAACCAGUGUAUAUAUGCAUCAUGAGAAUGGUUUGAGCACAUGUACAUAUUGCAUAAUGCAUGAAAAUCUUCACACUGGGAAGAAAACUAUAUGUGUAAGGAAUGUGGGAAAGGUUUUAGCAGAAAUGCUCAUUGUCCAAUACAUUAUAAAAUUUACACUGUUGAGAAAGCCUAUGUAUGUGAAGAAUGUGGGAAAGCUUUCACCACACAUGGAUAUUGUAAAAUACAUCCAUGACUUCAUACUGGUGAGAAACCCUAUAUAUAUAACAAUGUGGCAAAGCUUUCACCACAUACAGUCAUUGCAAACACAUGAAAGAAUUCACACUGGGAAGAACCACUGGCUAUGUAAGCAAGUGGAGACACUUUCAGCAGCCAGAUUGUAAGUGAAAUACAUGAAAAAAACCAAAGAAGAGAUAAAUCCUAUGUGCUAUGGGAAUACUCUCAGCAUACAUGAUCAUUGUUACAUAUCUGAAAGAGCUCACUGGGCAGUGAUCCUAUGUGGAUUAACAACGUGAGAAAUAUGGCAAUCCAUGUUUCUUGUUAAAUACAUAGAAAAAGCAUCACUGUUUAGAUAGUUUAGAUCUAAGUUUACUUUAAAAAUCCCAAGGAGACCUGAAGAAAUAAUACAAAAUUUAGAUGUCAAUAUUUCUUCACAAAUAUUCCAGAAAUGACAAAUCUGAGGUGGAGCUCUACUCAAGUGCAUAUAUUGUAUGGUUUUCAGUUAAUCACUUGUACCUCUUUAGAUUUUGUAAAGUGUCCUUGUGCUUCAACAUGGCAUCUUGUAAUUAAACAUGCUAAACUGAAAUGGGCUAUUCACUUUCAAGUAUGGAUAGUGUCUAUGUACUUAAUAUUUUGCCUUUAAAACUUAAUUUUUAUAUUUUUUGGUGAAUUGUAAUGUUGUUUAUUUAAAGAGAAAAAAGAAAAAUUGUGGAAAUAAUACAGAAUUUCAGAAAAAUAAACAAUAAGAAAUCACUAGUUGAUUAGUUUCAUAUUAGAAUUAGUUGUUCAAGUUACAAAAUUAAAGCAUACAAAGUGAUAUUCAAAUAAUGACACUGUCAACAGUUCACCUCAAUGAUCCAACAAAAAGUUACUAAUAUGCUUAUCUGUCCUACACACUUUUUUUUCUUAAAGAGGGUAAGAUUAAACAUGACAAAACACAACAGAACAGUUCAUAAGGAAACACAGAUUUCAAAGCAAGUACACUGCAGAUGUUCACUGUCUAUGUUACUGUCUCUAGUUUUCUUCCAAAUAGUUGUUCCCAUCUUCACACACGUGGAAUAUAUACUGAACAUUAUAGAACUAAUCAAAUAAUUACAGGAUGAUGCAGGCUUUUUCAGUCUUUAAGACUGAUUUUGGGGAAGUCGAUAUUGACUUUCAUAAUGUCUCUCAUUCUUUUCAUAGUAACUGUCAUUAUCUUUAUGUAUGCUGAAAUUGAACAUAAGAGACUAGACUAAUAUCCCUCUCAACAGUGAAUAAUAGUAUCCUGAGAAGGAGAAAGGUGAGAAAUUGCCUAAAAAAAAAAAAAAAAAAAAAAAAAAAGGCAGAGGACAUUGUUAAAAGUGUAUCAGGAUUUAAAAGCUAUAGUCUUGUUGCUCUGUUUAGUUUGAUUAUAUUUUGUUCUGGUCUGUCUACUCAUAUUAGAUUUGAGGGUAACAGAGAGAUAAUCCAAAAAUAGCAGGUUAUACCAUGGUAACUAUCCUUAAUUUCUUAUUAACUAAAACUGAAACCCUAUAUUACUUACAUUGUCUUCUACUACUGAUCUUCUUUGAAGCUGGUUUGUUUGAAUGAUAUUUGGCCUUGACUGAUUUUAUUCACAUUUGGUAUGCUUGUUGGUAUCAAGUUCAAGAGAAGAGGCAACUACUGUGAAGAUGACAAGAUGUAAAAGAUAUCCAUUGGGGGGCUGGGGAUUUAGCUCAGUGGCUUAUGCACCUGCCUGACAAGUGUGAGGUCGUGAGUUUGAUCUCCAGUGCCAAAAAACUAAAUAAAUAAAACAUAUCCAUUCCA